AUGUCCAAUUUCAUUCUAUGGCUUCAUGAUGCUCACUUGUCUAGUGUCGCUUGGGCUCUCCAGUCCAGUCCUGAGGAUGUCAAGGUGAUCAACUCUUGGCCAGGUGCUAGAAACAGAACAACGCCCAAAGUACCUACAACCAUAUCGUAUGAGAAUGGAAAAUUCCUGUGGGGCUAUCAGACACCGAUGUUUGGCGAGGUCGUUCGGGGUGUCAAGCUCCUGCUUGACCCGACUCAGGAAAUCGAUUACAGGCCUGCGGUACAGUCCAAGGACAUAUUGGCAAAGUAUGGCAAGCAGCCACUUGACGUCGCUCGGGAUUACCUUCAGCUUCUUGUGAACUCGGCAAAGGAAACCCUCCGUCGUGGGUUCGGGAACGCCCUGGACAGCAUGGAGAUUCGAUACGUACUAACGGUUCCUGCUGUUUGGACUGACAAAGCCAAGAACAUGACUUUAACUGCAGCGACUGAUGCCGGUAUUUCUGCGCUCGAUGUGACCCUGGUGUCGGAACCCGAGGCAGCAGCUCUCUCUUGCCUGAACGCACUUCAGCCCGGUACUAUCGAGAACGGUGAUGUGGUCAUAAUAUGCGACGCGGGCGGUGGUACAGUGGACCUGAUCUCCUACUGUAUGAAGAGUGUCAAUCCCCUUGAAUUAAUAGAAGUCACUCAGGGAACUGGGGCCAUUUGUGGAUCUGUACUUCUCGACAAGCGGUUUGAAAGCUAUCUGGUCGGACUCCUCGGAAAGAAAACAUACCAAAGCCUAUCCUACAAAACCCGGGAGACAGCAUUGAAUUACUGGCAGGACUUCGUGAAGCCGAAUUUUGCCGGUGUCUCGAUUGAUGAUCAUGACGAAUACUCCGAGGUGGACUACUCUGUGCCUUUGAACGGUAUUGGCGACAAGCCGGAGAUAGCGCUAGAGGGUGGAUUCUUGAAUAUGACAAAGGAGAAUGUUGGGGGCAUAUUUCUUCCCGUCGUCGAUGAGAUUGAGAGGCUGGUGCUGGACCAGAUAUUACAAGUAUCCCUGGCUGGAAUGCGGCCCAAGGCUAUCCUUCUAGUUGGGGGUUUUGGUUCUUCCGAGUAUCUCUUCCGACGUUUGCAAUCCGCCGUGGUGAAUGUAACGGUGAUGCAGCCGCCUAAUGCAUGGUCUGCCGUUGUUCAGUCGGACAGCGGAUUGCUCGAUGAUCACUACGGGAUCAAAUUCGACGACGAGUACAAUCGACGGCUUCAUAACGCAGGGGACAAAUAUUGGAACUUGUUGACUGAAAAGUGGUACGUGGCCAAUCGCAUGAAGUGGUACAUUGAAAAGGGAACUCCCAUCUCCGAGGACAAGCCGAUCAGAAUGAGCUGGUAUCGUUGGAUCGCAAAGGUGGGUUGCGUGGAGAAAUUAAAACGAGUCGGCGGUUCGCUGUACAUCUGCAACCUUGAUGAAGCACCAGAUCAUCUCACUGAAGACGUCUUUAAGGUCUGCACUUUGGAGGCAAACCUCAGUGCAAUUCCACGCAAGUUAUUUGGCAGUGGGAUAAAUUCCUUGGGACAGAAGUACUACACAAUCCCUUAUCAGAUUACCAUGACACCUACUUCUGCGUCUAUUUUGUUCAACCUGGAGUUCAACGGGGUGUCUUAUGGAUCAGUGCAGGCCAGGUAUUAA